AUGUCGGCGGUUGGUUUCCAUACCGCAUCUCCAGAAGCUCUAGGCAUUGAUUCAAAGCCGUUGGAGAGACACCGGCAGCGAAUCAAAGAUCACCAGGAGCGUGGCGUUUUUCCUGGAUUUGCCGAGGGUGUCAUUGCAGACGGAAAAUCUAUUUUUCUCAAUUUGCGCGGGUUUACUGACAAGAACAAGAAGCACAAAAUGUCUGAGCGCACACUAUUUCGAGGGUAUUCCAUGAUGAAGCCCAUUACUGCAACGGCCUUCAUGUCGUUGGUGGAUGAUGGCAUGUUCAAACUUGAUGACCCCGUUGAGAAGUACAUUCCAGCCUUCAAAAUGCUAAGAGUGAAGCGUGGCAAGGGGACAGAGCCCAUGCGUGAGACUAUGACCUUGCGUAUUUCGUUUUGCCUGACUCGCACGGAGUCGUCACACAGAUUGCGGCUUUGUGGCCAAAGCUGCACGCUUGCUGCUUUGCAUGUCCAUCACUGGAUUUUCUCAAAGCGUUGCAUCAUAUGCUUACCAUGGCUGGCUUGUGCUCAGAACUCGGAGCUUGCGCCUUGCGUACCAUAG